GAGCCAAAUCGAGAUUUUCUGUGUUAUCGUGAUAUUUCCAUUGCGAGACUUCCUGCAACGGAAGUAGGACGUCCAUUAUUGUUGUUCACCAAAGCCCUUGUUUUUUUUUUGCCGUGAAUGCUCACGUAAAUUUAUAUUUCAGCCAGAAUAAUACAGAGAUGUCGGAGGACUUGGUGAAACAGCUCGGCAGCUACAAAGCUCAACUGCAGCAGGUUGAGGUUGCCUUGUCUACCGACCAAGAAAAUGAGGAUCUCCUCAAGCUACAGAAAGACUUACAGGAGGUCAUCGACUUGACGAAAGACCUCCUGGCCUCGCAGCCUGCGGAUGCAGCUCCAAGUGCCAACGGUGCCGCUCCAGCACCUAUCAGGCACAUCUGGAAAGUGGGAGACAAGUGUUUGUCCGUGUGGAGUCAGGACGGACAAGUGUAUGAGGCUGAGAUUGAGGAGAUAGACCACGAGAACAGCACGGCCGCCGUCACGUUCACCGGCUACGGAAACGCCGAAAUCAUCCCUUUGCAAAACCUCAAAGCGGUGGAGGAUCGCAGGCGCCUUGAGGAUGACCUCGGCUUAUCCAGGAACAAAUCAAGAAAGGAGCAGAUCGCUGAGCAACGAGAAUAUAAAAAGAAGAAAGCCCAGAAGAAGGUACUGAGGAUGAAGGAACUGGAACAGGAGAGAGAAGACCAAAAAUCCAAGUGGCAACAAUUUAACAACAAAGCUUAUUCGAAAAAUAAGAAAGGACAGGUUAAGAGAAGCAUAUUUGCAUCUCCAGAAAGUGUGAACGGCAAAGUAGGGGUGGGCACUUGUGGAAUCGCAGACAAGCCCAUGACGCAGUACAACGACACGUCCAAAUACAACGUCAGGCAUUUAAUGCCGCAGUGACCCCCGCGUCUCCUGUAAAUACUCACCUGUCCCCCGCUGUAUACUGAAUAUAACAGUGUUGUGUAUUUUGUGUGUAAACACGAUUCAAAAAGGAGGAGACGCUUGCACACCACUGAAGUGAUGCAUUGAUGUAGUUUUCUUAAUAUUGUGCAAGUAGAACAAAAGCUGUCCAAAUUAGACUGGAAGCCACUCUGCUUUGUAAACUGGCUCGCCUGUUAUGUACAAACAGGAAGUUAGCUACUUGUGCCCUAAUUCCACACACAGGCUACAAACCUGCCGCACUGUGGAUCAAGCGCAACACUUCUCAGAAUUGGUGUGCAAUGGUGAAGAUGUAUUUUGAUUUCUUUUGGAGUAAGAACAUCAAUAACAGCAUUGAUGGCCUGAUGUAUUUUGAUUUCUUUUGGAGUAAGAACAUCAAUAACAGCAUUGAUGGCCUGAAUUAGAUUUGUUAUGCCCUUUGAUUUCUGUAUUUAUAAAAGUCAAAUAAACAUCCAUUUGUUGAGUUUUAUAAAUGACUGUCAGCUUAUCAUUGGAUUACUUGUCGAUGUCAAACAUACAUCAAUGAGAACAUCUAGUAGAAAAGUGAGUAUCCAAUGGCCUAACCAGUAUUAUGUCUGUACAAUACACCUGCUAACCUAAAUGUGGAUGAAAAAUUAAAGCAAUGCUGAUAAAAAGGCCACAAAAGCACUGAUCUUUUGUCCCCAAAUUGUGAGUAAAUGUACGUGACUGGUAUACAGUAACUUCAAUUU